AUGGAGUCGCCACCACGAGUCUGCGAAACAACUUUUCCACUUAAUAAUGGCAUGGCCCUUCCUGCUGUCGGACUGGGAACAUGGCAAGGCACGAAUAAUUCAAAGGAUAACGAUAACCUUAAAAACUCGAUCAUCCACGCCCUCCACACUGGAUACCGUCUGAUCGACACGGCCCAAUAUUACCACGUUGAGCCUGUAGUCGGCGAGGCCGUGCGCGCAUCCGGGAUCCCUCGAGGCGAAAUCACAGUCAUCACCAAGUUCUGGGGAGAAUGGCAUCAUGAUCCGGAAGCGGCGUUGCAGCGAUCCCUUGAUGCGCUGGGACUAGACUACAUCGACAUCUUCCUCAUGCAUUGGCCCUGUGCAGCGACACCUGACGGAAAGCCGUUGGGGAUUACGGAGCAGCCGACCUUCGUGGAGACGUGGAAGAUGAUGGAGAAAUGUGUCGGAUGGCGAUGUCGGGCAAUCGGAGUCAGCAAUUUCAGUCAGAAAACCUUGGAUGUUUUAUUGGCAGAGGCGACGAUCGUUCCGGCUGUCAACCAAGUGGAACUGCAUGCGUUUAACCCGAACCUCAACUUGGUCCCGUACUGUCAAGCGAAGGGCAUCCAGGUCAUGAGCUGGAGUACCAUGGGAGGAGGUGCAGAGUUCGCGACACGGGCCAGCGAAAUUCUCACGCAUCCGCUAUUCAAAAGAAUAGCUAGCAGUCAUGGCUGCUCAGCAGGGGUCGUUUCGCUGUCCUGGGCAGUGCAACGAGGCAUAACGGUCAUUCCAAAGAGUAUCUCGUUGGCGCGCAUUGAGGACAAUAUUGCCUUAGUCACCCUGGACCAGGCGGAAAUGGAGGAGCUGAAUAACGCACACCGGGACAUCUGCCAACUACGCAUUGCAAACCAUAUCCAAGGCCUACGGUAUGAGGUCCAUGGCCACGCGACUAUAUUGGGGUGGACAGCACAGGACUUUGGGUGGGAGGAUGACGAAGGUAAUUGGUUGACAUAG